AUGGAGCUGACACAGGUUUUUGAGAAUUUACGUGCAAUUUUACAAGCUGCUUCAUCUAAAUGUAAAGUUAUAGAUGAAAAGUUCCCCAGCAAGUUCUAUGAGAAAGAUCCAAAAAAGAUAUUUGAAUCAUACAAGAAGUUUCUGAAACCGCGGAUUAACAGUGAGGGCGCCAUCAAAAACGAAGAGAACUUUCCAGUGACAACCAUAAGUGAACGAUUUGAGAAAAACGAAUACGCCAAAAAAUCAAAUGCUUUUUACCGAUUGCACCACGAUGUGAAGCUGGUCUGUACGUUACUCAUACAUUUUUAUCCUCAGGGAACCCGCACGUAUCAAAUGGUGGAUAAGUUCUACAAAUUUGCAACAGAACUUCUACUACGAGAAUGCUACAGACUGGGUGUAACACUCAUAGAUGACUCUAUCCCGGAGGAAACUUAUGGCUUAGGGAAAAGUCCUCUAAAUCGUCAAAUUUCCCACGAUUUUAUCAAGAUUUCAACAGCAUACGCGGUUCCUUACGCUGAAUCCUACUAUGUUUCAUCGGGGGACUUGGAUCUCUUCACGUCUACAAUAUCCAAGUCGCAGCUAGAUCGCAGACCAACUGAAGCUCCUAACAGCAGCUUUGAACUGAAUAAAGUCAUCCCACAGGCUGGAGAUGAAGUCGCUCCAAAGUUAGGGUUCCUUGCUGCUAAUGUUAGCAACAUUCCGGAUCCAACAAUACCACCUUACGAAAUUAUGACCAAGUUCCUGCAUCCGAAUUGGUACGCUAUGCCGACCACUGUGUGGCUUCAGUACGGCGAAUAUCAAUCGUGGGCUCCUUCAUUCAACGAAAGUAGCACUGUGAUCGACGCUGGUCACAGAGGGACUAUUUGGCUUGAAAAAAUCGGGUAUCUGAGACUUCGUAACAUGCACGAUUCCCAGAAUGAUGAAAAACGAAUUAAAGUCGCGAAAGAGCAAGAGGAACAGGGUUCAAUUGGGUCCAAAGCAAGUUUGGAGCAGAAAAGGAAUGAUUCACCAGCCAGUACCAUCACCAACAAUAACCAAAGUGAACCAUCGGAAAUCAAAGCAAUCGUCGGAUCAGAAGCUCAAGAAAGUCAAACACCAGAAAAUGGUAAUUCAAAAAAAUCGGAGCUCGAUGAAGAAAAGAAUACUGAUGAAACUAAGAUCACAGAGAAAAACGAGGAACCAUCAACAGCGCCUGUGAUAAAGCUCGAAAAUCUAUACGAUUGGGGACCCGGAAACUCGAUCGAGGAUGACGAAAUCGAAGCAGCUUCCAAUGGGACGCAUGAGCAACUCAUAACAAAAACUCUUUUGGAACUAGCUGGGAUGAAGCGGAAACGCCUGUUAACUAAGCAAAGAAGCCAACCUUCGACAAGAGAAAAACAAUUGUAUCAUAAAGUUCAGAGAAUGAUGAAGGAAGUACUUCUUGCCAAAAAAUUGGAAAAACUGCCCCAGAUUACAUCGUGCUCGUUUCCUGUAUUACAAGCAAACUAUAUGGGGAGUAUACCAGUGGUGCGGACCGUCCAGACGAGAAAGAAGAAGUACAAGAAAUGA